AGGUCUUAUUACAAUGCAUUGUUUUCAUUUGUUUUUUAUCUCUGCCUCCCCUCCUUCUGUUUUACGCUGCUGCGAAACCUCCUCUGUGCUUCAGUAUUUGUGUGCCCGGGGACAUUGCUGCGUGUGCAGGUGCCCAGCUCUCAGCGGGAGGCAGAUCACCAGGCAGGGGCAUGGUGCAAGGACCCGCUGCAGUCUGGGGACCGGCUGUACGUCAUGCCCUGGACCCCCUACCGCACCGACAUGCUGUAUGAGUAUGCCUCCUGGGAAGACUUUAAACACGACAGACCAACUAUCACCUACAAGUUACCUAACAGAGUUGACGGAACAGGAUUUGUUGUGUAUGAUGGUGCGGUGUUUUACAACAAAGAGCGCACACGAAACAUAGUCAAGUAUGACCUACGUACACGGAUCAAGAGCGGUGAAGCUAUCGUCACAAACGCCAACUAUCACGACACCUCGCCGUACCGCUGGGGAGGAAAGUCGGACAUUGACCUGGCCGUAGAUGAGAAUGGCCUCUGGGUGAUUUAUGCCACUGAAUCAAACAACGGACGACUGGUGGUCAGCCAGGUAAACCCUUACACCCUGCGUUUUGAGGGCACCUGGGAGACCAGCUUUGACAAGAGGGUGGCAUCCAACGCCUUCAUGGCCUGUGGGGUGCUGUACGCAGUGCGCUCAGUGUACCAGGAGGAUGACAGCGAGGCCGGUGGUGACCUGGUGAUGUACGCCUAUAAUACCAACCACGCACGUGAGGAACCUGUGAGCAUCCCUUUCCCCAACCCCUAUCAGUACAUUUCCUCUGUGGACUACAAUCCUCGAGACAACCAGCUCUAUGUGUGGAACAAUUUUAAUGUGCUGCGCUACCCGCUGGAGUUUGGACCACCAGACCCAACUACUGGCCCUCUCACCAGCACACAAGUGACCACCACUCCUCCAACGAAGCCGUUCACAUCCAGUGCCAGCCCCUCUACUGCCCGCCCUUUGGCCCCAACCUCACGCCCUAUCGGCUCCAUCAACAAGCACCCUGACCUGCGUGCAAUCACGGCCACGGUGCCUGUCACCCGCCGGCCUCCACGCCCUCCUCAUGACCCCGGACAGCAUGUCUGCGAGGCCAGGCUCGUCCGGGGCGUCCAGUGGCCCACCACUCAACGGGGGGAAACAGUGGAUCGCCCAUGUCCCAAAGGAUCUCUAGGCAUUGCUUCAUUCCAGUGCUUGGCGGAUCAGGUCAUGUGGAACCCACGGGGUCCUGACCUGAGCAACUGCACCUCCCCAUGGGUCAACCAGGUGGCCCAGAAGAUUAAGAGUGGAGAGAAUGCUGCUAACAUUGCCGGUGAGUUGGUGAACCACACACGGGGUCGGAUCCAAGCCGGAGACGUCAGUUCAUCCGUCCGACUCAUCGAGCAACUACUGGAUAUCCUGGAUGCUCAGCUUCAGGCCCUGAGGCCGGGAAAUAAAGAGUCAGCUGGACGGAAUUUUAAUAAGUUCCAGAAACGAGAGAAGACCUGUCGGGCGUAUAUCCAGGCUGUAGUGCAGACUGUGGACAACCUACUGCGUCCUGAGGCUCUGGAUUCGUGGCAGGACAUGAACAGCACAGAACAGGCUCAUACUGCCACUAUGUUAUUGGACGUCCUGGAAAAAGGAGCUUUUCUGCUAGCCAACAACAUGUAUGGGAAGCGCUUCUCUGACCGAGCCCCCAGCAUUGAUCUCGAGGUACAUGUCGUCAACACAGAGAUGGAACUUCAGGACCUUUCCUUCCCACAGAAUUAUGCCAGUGACAGCACCAUCAAGCUUUCGGCCUCCACUAUCAAACAGUACAGCCGUAACGGACAAGUAAAGGUGGUGUUCAUUCUCUACAAAAAUUUGGGAUCCUUCCUGUCCACUGAGAAUGCCACUGUGAAAAUGGAAAUGGAGGGACCAAAUCUUGAUAAGAAACGCCUUGCAGUCAACUCCCAUGUAAUUGCUGCCUCUAUCAACAAAGAGUCCAGCAGAGUGUUUCUCACCCAGCCAGUUAUCUUCACACUUAAACAUCUAAAGAUGGAUCAUUUUCACACUCCGAACUGUUCCUUUUGGAACUACUCGGAGCGCUCCAUGAUGGGUCAGUGGUCGUCGCAGGGCUGCAGACUUUUGGAUACCAACAACACACACACCACCUGCUCCUGCAGCCACCUCACCAACUUUGCCGUGCUCAUGGCUCACCACGAGCCUGAUGGCCGGAUGCACGAACUGAUCCUUUUUGUGAUCACCUGGGUGGGUAUUGUCAUCUCCCUAGUGUGUCUAGCCAUCUGCAUCUCCACUUUUUGCUUCCUGCGGGGCCUGCAGACUGAUCGCAACACAAUCCACAAGAACCUGUGCAUCAACCUCUUCAUCGCUGAGCUGCUCUUCCUCAUUGGCAUUGACAAGACGGAUUACCACAUUGCCUGUCCCAUCUUUGCUGGCCUUCUGCAUUUCUUCUUCUUGGCUGCCUUCUCCUGGAUGUGUCUGGAGGGUGUGCAGCUCUAUCUCAUGCUCGUGGAGGUCUUUGAGAGCGAGUACUCACGCAAAAAAUACUACUAUCUGUGCGGCUACUGCUUCCCCGCACUGGUGGUGGGCAUCUCUGCAGCCCUCAACCUAAUCUUCCUCAUGGUCACUCUACACAAAAUGAUCCGCAACUCUUCAGCUCUCAAGCCGGACUCUAGUCGCCUGGACAACAUUAAGUCGUGGGCUCUGGGGGCCAUUGCCCUGCUGUUCCUGCUUGGGCUGACGUGGGCUUUUGGCCUUCUCUUUAUCAACGAGAAUACCGUUAUCAUGGCCUAUCUAUUCACCACCUUUAAUGCCUUCCAGGGCAUGUUCAUCUUCAUCUUUCACUGUGCCCUGCAAAAAAAGGUCCAUAAGGAGUACAGUAAAUGUCUGCGCCAUUCCUACUGCUGCAGCCGCACUUCCACCAACAGCUCCCACGGUUCCUUGAAGAACUCAGGCUUGCGUGCCAAUAAUCGCUACUACAGCGGCAGCCAAGCUCGCCAUGCAGCAGCCCACAGACAGAGUCGGAUCCGUAGGAUGUGGAACGACACGGUUCGAAAGCAGACAGAAUCAUCCUUCAUAGCAGGAGACAUCAACAGCACCCCGACACUCAACCGUGCAACCAUGGGCAACCACCUCUUGACGAACCCAGUGUUACAGACUCGUACUGGCACAUCGCCUUACAACACUCUGCUAGCUGAAAGUUUCACCCCGCCCUCACCCGGCGUCUUCAACUCUACUGAGACUACGCUGUCUAAGCCUCGUGACCCCUGUGGAAUGGAAACCCUUCCUCUGAAUGGUAACUUCAACAACAGCUACUCCAUGCGCAGUGGCCCGUCGGGUGGAGGGGGGGGCAGCUGUGACUUCCUCGGCGGCGGAACCGCAGACACUCCUUCGCCUGUCUUCAACCCGCGCUGCUCGGAGGCCCUGGGGGGCGGAGGGAUCCGGCGAAACCUGUCUGACGCUGCGGCCUUCGAGAAAAUGAUCAUCUCCGAGCUCGUGCACAAUAACUUGAGAGGUGGUGUUGUUGGUGGAGGCGGAGGAGGUGCAGGCGAUGUGGAGGACAGAGCGUAUGGCAGUCUGGCCAGGGGACAGCCUCACGGCGGGGUCGGUCGAGGCCAGACUAUGUCCAGGCCGGAUCCGACCGUGAGCAUGGACGAGGACGAGGAGUUUCUCAGAGAAGCACGGCAGCGCACACCGCAGGAUGUGGAGCUGCUUUACAAAGCUCUGGAGGAACCCCUGCUGUUGCAGCGCGCCCAGUCAGUCCUCUACCAGAGCGACCCGGACGAGUCUGAGAGCUACACGGCUGACCUCACCGAGAGCCUCGGCCACAGUGGCCACAGUGGUCAGAGCGGUGCCGGGCACGGAGGCAACAGGGCACCGGACUCCCCCGCUCAUGACUCCCUGUACACCAGCAUCACUAACCUGCGAGACUCUCCCUACCCCGACAGCAGCCCCGAGCCCUUGGAGGUGGUCCCCCGUUCAGCCAAGCCUCCCGAGGAGCUGUACUACAGCUCUGUGAGGCCGGUCGUGGGCUCUCGCGGGGCGCCCAUGCAGACCUUCGGCCAGGCCCCAACUCGGAGACCAAGUGGGGAGGGACACCAGGCUCAGGAGCCCGCUCUCAAUGAGGGAGAUGGACAGAUGCAGCUGGUCACCAGCCUG